AGCAGAGAGCCAGAGAGCAGAUCUUAGAUCAGAUCAGAGGCAGGAGAAACUUUUCCUGAGGAGUUGAGAUUUCCGCGCGGCCCUGAAGGCAGCACCGCAGCUGUCCCGCAGAGGUUCUGCGGGUUCCGGUGGUCCGGGUCCAGAGAACUCCUGGUCCCCGGUCCUCCCGGUCCUCGGGUCCGGGACAGAGCAGACUCGGAGCCGUGCAGACUCGCCGUGAGUCAGGAAGAUGUAGUAAUCGCGGACGUCCGGAGGAGGAUUCCCCUGGUUGCGCUGAGCGCUGAAAAGCGGCGCCGCCGCCCCGCGUCCCGCACUGUCCCGCACGGUCCCGCUCGGUCCCGCACGGUCCCGCGUCUGUCUGGAGGAGCCUCACCAUGCCGACCCGCGCUCCCCGCUCUGCCCGCUCCCCGCCCCGGGCCUCCGCAGGCCGGGCGCUGUGCUGCGCGGCGGCCGCGGUGCUUUUCCUGGGCUUGUUUUCGAGCUCGUGCGGGGCGGAAGAGGCGUCCUGCCACGGAGCCUACGACCUGUACUUCGUCCUGGACAGGUCUGGGAGCGUCGCCACUGACUGGUUCGAGAUCUACUCCUUUGUGAAGAACCUCACCGACCGCUUCGUGAGUCCCAGCAUGAGAGUGUCCUUCAUCGUGUUCUCGGCUCAGGCGGAAGUCCUCCUGCCGCUGACCGGACACAGGUCUGAGAUCGAAGAGGGUCUGGAGCGUCUGCGAGCCGUGCAGCCGGCAGGAGAGACCUUUAUGCACGAGGGAAUCAAAAAGGCCUCGGUGCAGAUCCAGGAGCAGUCCACCAAGUCCUCCAGCAUCAUCCUGGCUCUGACGGACGGCAAGCUGGCGGUUUACAUUCAUGAGCUGACCGUCAAGGAGGCUGAUGAAGCCAGAAGAUACGGGGCCCGUGUUUACUGUGUGGGCGUCAAGGACUUUGAUGAGCAGCAGCUUGCUGACAUCGCCGACACCAAGGACCAUGUGUUUCCUGUCAAAGAUGGCUUCCACGCUCUCAAAGGCAUCGUCAACUCCAUCCUGAAGCGCUCGUGCACGGAGAUCGUGAGCGUGGAGCCGUCCAGCGUGUGCGUCAACGAGACCUUCGACAUCGUGCUGAGGGGGAACGGCUUCGCCGCCGGCCGCAGCAACGACGGCGUGGUCUGCAGCUUCAUCGUCGACCAGCAGACCUUCAACCACAAGCCGAGCACCGUGAGGAACGACUACCUGCUGUGCCCCGCCCCCAGACUGCAGCACGCCGGACAGACCAUGGACGUCCUCAUCAGCCUGAACCACGGGAAGACCUUCAUCUCGGCCGCCUACACCAUCAGCGCCUCCACCUGCACCGGCGGCUGGGCGGUGGCCGUGGUCUUCCUGGUGCUGCUGGUCCUGGCCGCCCUGGCGCUCAUGUGGUGGUUCUGGCCGCUCUGCUGCAAAGUGGUCAUCAAAGACCGGCCGCCGCCGCCGCCGCCCGCCCGCCCCCCCCCUCCGGAACCUGAACCUCUGCCCAAGAAGAAGUGGCCCACAGUGGACGCCUCCUACUACGGGGGCCGAGGAGCCGGAGGAAUCAAACGCAUGGAGGUGCGCUGGGGAGAGAAAGGCUCCACCGAGGAAGGCGCCCGCCUGGAGAAGGCCAAGAACGCCAUCGUGUCCAUCCCCGAGGACGCAGAGGAGCCCAUGAUCCAGCGGCCCCGGGCCGGGCCCCCCCCGGCCCCCCACCACUCCCAGACCAAGUGGUACGCUCCCAUCAAGGGCCGUCUGGACGCGCUGUGGGCUCUGUUCCGGAGGCAGUACGACCGGGUGUCCCUCAUGCGUCCCACCUCAGAGGACAAGGGUCGCUGUAUAAACUUCAGCCGUGUGCAGCAGCAGUAGGAAACCAGACGUCUUCCAGCAGAAAGAAAAGACCUUCUGUACACCUCUCUCUCUCUCUCUCUCUCUCUCUCUCUCUCUCUCUCUCUCUGCUUCAAUUUGCACUUUUUGUAAACAUUUUGUAUUUUGUAUUAUUUUUUAUCCUUCCUGCUUCUGUUUGUGGAGCAGUUUUCCUGCAUUAAGUUAUUUGGCGAGGGAGUGAGCCCCGGCGAGGGAGUGAGCCCCGGCGAGGCCCGCCGGGGUCCCCGGCCUCCGACAGACGCUCCCGUCAAAAAACAGAAAGAACAACCCGGUGGAGGGAGGGCUGGUCGCUGGCCCGCGGCCUGGAAACAGCAGCAAUCCCAGAGGGCCUCAGAAGUUGAGCGAGGCCCCUCGCCGCCGCUGCCGCCGCCGGCCCCUCCGCCCGGCUCAUCCUGUCAUCUCGGCGCUCAGACGUGCACACGCAUGACGAGGCUGGGACAGGACGCCCCCGGUGCCGCAGGACUUCGCCCUUUACAUCUUUUUGUGAAGACACCUUCCCUUCACGGCGCUCCGGGGACGAGCGGAUUAAUAGAGCGUCGCUGGACCGCGGGGCGGCGCCGGCGCCGGCGCCCUGUGAGGGACGGAUGCCUUGAAGACCUUGACAUGGCGCUUGGUGUUUUUUG